CAGGAUAGUCACUGAGUAGCUUCAUAUCAAAGCAGUCAUCGAUUCUGGAGAAAUAUUUUUCACUUAAAUUUUGAACCAUGAAAAUCAAAGUUAUCUUCAUUCUUCUCAUUGUUUGUGUAUUCAUUGAGAGCGUUUUUUUGUUGCCUUGUAGAAGACGACCUAGAGGAUGCAAUUCAAGGCCACCUCCCCAAACGCCACCUCCCCAAACGCCACCUCCCCAAACGCCACCUCCUCAAACGCCACCUCCCCAAACGCCACCUCCUCAAACGCCACCCCCUCAAACGCCACCUCCCCAAACGCCAUCUCCUCAAACGCCACCUCCCCAAACGCCGCCUAAUCUAAUGGCGCUCUUUCAGCAAUUUAUAGCUGCGCUUGCCGCUGCAGCUCCAGCAACAACUCCACCAGCUUAAUAUGUUUAUUCAUUGCAAUACAUAAAUUGAUGUCAAGCGUCCCCCGGCAAAUCAAGAUUAUCUUACCGAUCAUAUUUUUAAGACAUCCAUGGAAAGUGCACUUUCAUGUCGAAAUUCCAAUUGAUAACAAUGUCAAAAUUCAGUUUUAUUAAUGUGUUUUUUUUUUUUCAAAAUAUUCAAUAAAGAUUUUUCUUAAAUGGGCUAAUGCCAAAUCAGCAUCCAAA